UGAGGCGGCGCAGAAGCCGGUCGGUUUGUGCCUGCUGCUCCGCAGCACGCUGCCACAGACCCUGAGAAUGAGGCUCGUCAUCCCCACCCUGCUGACCUGCACGGUCCUGGGGCUGUGUCUGGCUGUCCCCAGGGAACCUGUGAGAUGGUGCACCAUCUCCAGUCACGAGGCCAGUAAGUGCUCCGAUUUCCGUGACAGUAUGCAGAAACUCCAACCUGAAACUGGUCCUCUUCUCAGCUGUGAGAAGAGAACCUCCCACACUGACUGCAUCAAGGCCAUCGCAGACAAUAAAGCAGAUGCUAUGACACUGGAUGCAGGGUGGGUGAAUGAGGCGGGACUGGCUCCCUACAACCUGAAACCUGUAGUGGCAGAGUUCUAUGGCUCAGAAGCCGAUCCACAAACCAGCUAUUAUGCUGUGGCCGUGGUGAAGAAGGGGAGUGGCUUCCAGCUGAACCAGCUCAAAGGCAGAAAGUCUUGCCACACAGGCCUUGGCAGGUCUGCUGGGUGGGUUGUCCCCAUAGGCUUACUCUAUUCGGAACUGCCUGAGCCAUGUGAUUCUCUUCAGAAAGCAGUGGGCAAUUUCUUCGCGGGCAGCUGUGUUCCCUGUGCGGAUGGGACAGCCUUCCCCAAACUGUGUCAACUGUGUGCGGGAAAAGGGACCAACAAGUGUGCCUGCUCUAACCACGAACCAUACUUUGGCUACUCGGGUGCCCUCAAGUGUCUGAUGGAAGAUGCUGGGGAGGUAGCUUUCGUCAAGCACUUGACAGUAUUCGAGACCAUUACAAACCAGGCUGAGAGGGACCAGUAUGAGCUGCUCUGCAGAGACAACACCCGGAAGCCAGUCGACAGAUACAAGGAGUGCCACCUGGCCAGAGUCCCUUCCCAUGCCGUUGUGGCCCGAAGUGUAGAUGGCAAGGAGGACUUAAUCUGGGAGCUUCUCAACAAGGCCCAGGAACAUUUUGGCAGAGGUAAAUCUGAAGCCUUCCAACUCUUCAGCUCCGUUCAUGGGAAAGACCUGCUGUUUAAGGACACUGCCCAGGGGUUUUUAAAGAUCCCCCCUAAGAUGGACGCCAAGAUGUACCUGGGAUAUGAGUAUGCCACUGCUCUUGAGAACUUGAGGGAUAAGACAUGCCCACUUGUGCCCCAAAAUGAGUGCCAGAGUGUGAAGUGGUGUGCAGUAGGUCACCAUGAGAAGGCCAAAUGUGAUGAGUGGAGUAUAAACAGUAAUGGGAAAGUAAAUUGCGAAGUUGCAGAGUUCACUGAAGACUGCAUUGCCAAGAUUAUGAAAGGAGAAGCUGAUGCCAUGAGCUUGGAUGGAGGGUUCAUCUACAUAGCGGGCAAGUGUGGUCUGGUGCCUGUCCUGGCAGAGAACUACAAAACUUAUGACAAGAAUUGUGAGAAAACACCAGAAAAAGGGUAUUUUGCUGUGGCCGUGGUCAAGUCAUCAGGAUCAGAUGACCUCACCUGGAACUCUCUAAAAGGCAAGAAGUCCUGCCAUACUGCAGUAGAUAGAACCGCUGGCUGGAACAUCCCCAUGGGCCUACUCUACAACAAGAUCAACCACUGCGAAUUUGAUAAGUAUUUCAGUCAAGGCUGUGCUCCUGGGUAUGAGCCAACUUCCAGUCUCUGUGCUCUUUGCAUUGGCUCAGAAAGUGUUCCAGGAAAGGAGUGUCAAGCCAACAACAAUGAGAGAUACUAUGGUUAUACAGGGGCUUUCAGGUGUCUGGUUGAGAGUGGAGAUGUGGCCUUUGUGAAAGACCAGACUGUCAUGCAGAACACUGAGGGAAGGAAUCCCGAUGCCUGGGCUAAGAAUCUAAAGCAGGAAGACUUCGAGCUGCUGUGCACUGAUGGCACCAGGAAGGCUGUGACCGAGGCUGAGAGCUGCCACCUAGCCCGAUCCCCAAAUCAUGGUGUUGUCUCGAGGGAAGAUAAGGCAGCUUGUGUUCGCCAGGUGUUACUAAGCCAGCAGGCCAUCUUUGGAAAAAAUGGAACUGCCUGCUUGGACGACUUUUGUAUGUUCCAAUCUAAAACCAAGGACCUUCUGUUCAGGGAUGAUACAAAAUGUCUGGCCGAACUUCAUGACAGAACAACGUACGAAUCAUACUUAGGAGCAGAGUAUGUCACGGCUGUGGCUAACCUGAAACAAUGCUCGACUUCGAAACUCUUGGAAGCCUGCACUUUCCACAGAGGUUGAAAUCCAAAAGUAGGGCCGUGACCUGAUGGAGAUGGGAUCUCACGUGACCCAUCAGCUUCCCCUGGUGUUGCUGGCCUGAGUGGUUUGGAUGUCUUCAUAGUUCGAUGUUGCCACCUGUGCAGGAAAUAAAAUAAAAUUUAUUAUUGGUUCUA